GCUAGUCCAGCAUUAUAGAUUUCGUAUGAAAUUAUUCAGGGGAAAAUUAUAAGGAUACUUUACCGGAGACUUUGUAUUUGACUUUCUAUCACGUGCGAUUACAUAAGGAAUCCUCGUUAGCCUUGCAAUGAUGCGUAAAAUACUUGAGACCGAGGCGGUUGUGUAAUUUUAAAAGUUGGGCAGCAGCCAUUCAUUGCCAGAGACCCCAACGGGCUAACGCAGUGCAGGCGGGGUGUGAACGCCGCCAUCAGUCGGAGGGAGGACACUUCAGCGUGCAUCCAACCAAUUGAACCCUUAUGUUAAUCUUAACCGGUUUAAAGCCGGUUGAAAGCGCAACGAAAGCGUUUCUGAUGUAGCCCGCUGGAUGUGGAACCGGCUUCCGUGUACUUAUAGAUCGCGCAUAUUGCGGUUUCCUUUGCUGAUACCGGAGUGCUUCUGCAAACUCUUAGUGCUGCCGCACUCAGUUGUAGUUGUAGUUGUUUUUCCAUGGGGUAUUUUUGUCCGCUAUAUAUGAUAUACAAACUUGCUGCAAUUUAUAAAAAUAUUUGAAUACGAUAGUUUAACAAUAAGUUGCUUCUGUUCCAGUUCUGCUGAGGAAAGGGAAGUUUUGCGCACUUGUGGUUGCGCGGUGCCUCGCAAUGUCCUCCGAAGAUGCGCCGGAGCGCAGCCGGCGUUUCUGCGUCCUGUCCUGGGAGCAGGUGCAGCGCCUGGACUCUAUCCUCAGGGAGAGCGUCCCCAUCCACGGCCGGGGCAACUUCCCCACGUUGUCUGUCCAGCCACAGCACAUCGUUCAGGUUGUUCGGGCACGGCUGGAGGAGAAGGGCUUGGUGGUGCAGGACGUGAAGCUGAAUGGCUCUGCAGCGAGCCAUGUUCUGCAUUGGGACACGGGUUUGGGCUACAAGGACUUGGACCUAAUCUUUGGCUUGAGGCUGGCUGAUGACCAGGCCUUCCGUCUGGUGAUGGACGUGGUGCUGGACUGCCUGCUGGACUUCCUGCCGGCCGGUGUCAACAAGGGGCGCCUCACACCCCUGACUCUGAAGGAGGCCUACGUACAGAAGCUGGUGAAGGUGUGCAAUGACACCGACCGCUGGAGCCUCAUCUCGCUCUCUAACAACACGGGUAAGAAUGUGGAGCUCAAGUUUGUGGACUCGCUCCGGCGGCAGUUCGAGUUCAGUGUGGAUUCCUUCCAGAUUGCACUGGACUCGCUGCUGCUCUUUAGCUGCUGCUCUGAGACGCCCAUGUCUGAGAACUUCCACCCCACCGUGCUGGGCGAGAGUGUCUACGGUGACUUCCUGGAGGCGCUGGGCCACCUGCACAACAGGACCAUCGCCACCCACAGCCCCGAGGAGAUCCGGGGUGGUGGGCUGCUGAAAUACUGCCACCUGCUGGUGAGGGGCUUCCGGCCCGCCUCCGAGGCGGAGAUGAAGUCACUGCAGCGCUACAUGUGCUCGCGCUUCUUCAUCGACUUCCCUGACAUCAGUGAACAGCGGCACAAGCUGGAGGCCUACCUGCAGAGCCACUUUGCCGGCGUGGAGCACCAGCGCUACGCGUACCUGGGCACAUUGCGGCGUGUGGUAGACGAGAGCACCGUCUGCCUGAUGGGCCACGAGCGGCGGCAGACGCUGCGCUUGAUCUCAGCGCUGGCGCUGCGUGUGCUGGCUGAGCAGCACGCCAUCCCUGCCUGCUCCAAUGUGACCUGCUACUACCAGCCUGCACCCUACAUACACGACGUCAACUUUAGCAAUUAUUACGUGGCAGUUGUGCGACCCCUAGUGGCCAUGGGUAGGAACUGCUCUCGGACCUGGUUGCCUUGCAACUGAGCCCGUGUGGCUGAGGGUAGGAUACAGUGUGACUCCAUAAAUAAAGGGGAUUAACUGUU